UCUGUUUGUCCCCUGGCAAUCCAGGCUCGCCACAGGAAGGAGCAGCAGACUGUGGCCCAGCAGGUGCCCUGGAUCCCCCCUGUCGAUGACCUGCUGAAGGACACUUCUGACGGCUGCGCCCUGGCCUCUCUGCUGCACUUCUACUGCCCACACCUAGUCAGACUGGAAGGUACACCUCUACACAGUACUACACUGCACUAUGACCGUGGGGAGGGGAGGGGAGGGGAGGGGGGGGGGGGGGGGGGGGAGGAGGAGAUAUGUGUGUGUGUUGGAGAGUGGAGAGAGUGAGUUUGAUAGGGGAGAGUGUGUGCAUUUGAUUCUUGAUAGAUAUUGUUAUUUUUCUGCAUUGUUGAGAAGAGUUAGCGAGCAAGCGUUUCACUGUACCAUGUGCCCGUGACCAAUAAACUUGAAUUUGAUUUGAUCAACACACAACCCUCUCCAGGGGCCUAGCUGUCUGAUCUAUCCCAUCACUGAGUCUGACGGAGUUAAGGGCUCUCCCCUGGCUAGCCUUUCAUGUCCCAGAAGGACUGAGUGAGCCAUCAGCCGUCCAUUGGUGAUGAAAAUCAAAUCUCAUAAUCAACUCAUCCUUAAUCUCAUUAACCUUCUUGAUGAAGUGGAUGGGACACACACACACACACACACACACACACACACACACACACACACACACACACACACACACACACACACACACACACACACACACAAAGCUCAGUAUUGAACCCCACAAACUCAGAGUGAUGAUUGAUUUAAAGAUUCUGUUUACACUUCAAAAUGGCUUGAGUACCUUGUGCAAAACAUCCAGUAUCCUGAUCCCUGAUUGGUCAAUCCCAGACAAGGAAGGGGACAAAUAACAUACAGAUGCCUCUGCUUUACCGCCUUAAUCCUCACGUACACACACUUCCUGAUUCACUUCCAAGUUGAUUGGUGCAGCACUUCUCUCAGACCCCCUUGUCCUUGUCAGAUAUCUGUCUGAAGGAGCGUAUGUCGCUGGCGGACAGCCUGUACAACCUGCAGCUGGUGCAGGACUUCUGUCAGGAGCAUCUGAACCGCUGCUGCCACUUCAGCCUGGAGGACAUGGUGUACGCCUCCUCGUCCCUCAAA